AAGAUGAAUUUUACAAACUGCACAGCAGAAACAAUAUCAAACAAAUCCAAGACGGUAACUGAAAAAAUGCUGAUUUCCUUAACGUUGGCUGUAAUUACCACCCUGACUACACUGUUAAACUCUGCUGUCAUCAUUGCAAUUUGCAUGACCAAGAAAUUGCAUCAGCCUGCAAAUUAUUUAAUAUGUUCCUUGGCAGUUACAGAUUUUCUAGUUGCUAUUUUAGUUAUGCCUAUAAGCAUUGCCUAUAUAGUUAUGGACACUUGGACCCUUGGUUAUGUAAUAUGUGAAAUAUGGCUUAGCAUUGACAUGACAUGCUGUACUUGUUCCAUUCUUCACCUUUGUGUCAUUGCACUUGACCGAUAUUGGGCAAUUACUGAUGCUAUUGAAUAUGCUAGAAAACGAACCGUGAAACGGGCUGGAAUAAUGAUCCUAAGUGUAUGGACAAUUUCUAUCUUCAUUUCCAUCCCACCACUAUUUUGGAGAAAUCAUCACAACAUGAGUAAUCAAAAUAGUUGCAUAAUUCAACAUGACCAUGUUGUCUAUACAAUAUACUCAACAUUUGGGGCAUUUUAUAUCCCUUUGACUUUAAUACUUAUUUUGUACUAUAGAAUUUACCAUGCUGCAAAGAGCCUUUACCAAAAACGAGGAUCAAGCCGACACUUAAGCAACAGAAGUAAUGAUAGCCAAAACUCUUUUGCCCAUUGUAAGCUUACACAAACAUUCUGUGUGUCAGAGUUCUCCACCUCCGACCCUACCAUGGAAUUUGAGAAGAUCAACGCAUGCGUAAGAACCCCUCCAUAUGACAAUGAUAUUGAUCGUCAGCAACAGAUCUCAAGCUCAAGAGAAAGAAAGGCAGCUCGAAUAUUAGGACUUAUUUUGGGAGCUUUUAUGAUGAGUUGGUUGCCAUUUUUCAUCAAGGAACUUGUUGUUGGGCUUCACCUUUGCACUGUGUCUCCAGAAGUGGCUGACUUUCUAACAUGGUUGGGUUAUGUUAAUUCUUUAAUUAAUCCACUUCUCUACACUAGCUUCAAUGAUGACUUUAAGAUAGCCUUUAAAAGAUUAAUCAGAUGCAAGGAGCACACAUAA